AUGCUGCAGUCCCAACAUCAAGCAUCAUCCGUGCCCCCGCCUCGCACCAGCGGCUCAUCAUCCGGCAUCACAAUCCCCGACGAGCUCCCCAUCUUCACCUCGAUCCCCUGGUGCGCCGCCAUAAUCAACACCCCCGGCACAACAAUCUUCACUUGCGGCCGCCCACUCCCCACGAUCCUUCACGAAGACACUCUGUGGUCCUCCUCACUCCGCGCCUGCGACGCCGUUCGCGGGUACCUCUCUCUUCGCCGGCCGAUCCCGAACACGGAGAGCCUCGAGGCAAUCACGCUGGUCGCCCUGGGACAUGGCGGGAACGGACACCAUGGGAUACUGCACGGAGGAACGGUCGCCACCCUGUUCGACGAUGCGUUCACCGAGGCCGCGGUGGUGCCGUGUCUUACUGCGUGGUUGAAGGUUACGUAUAAGGCGCCCGUGAAUAGUCCUGGGGUCGUGUGUUGUACGGCGAGGGUGGUGAAGAGUGAGCGACGGAAACGGUUCUUGUUCGGUGAGAUGAGGGAUGGGAACGGAAAUCUUUUGGCGGAGGCGGAAAGUUUGUUUGUCAAGAGAGAUAGCAAGUUGUAG